ACCGCUGUAACCAGUGAGCAGAAUCCUGUCAUUAUAAUUGCAGUGGUUGCCGUAGCAGGCACUAUUAUUCUGGUCUUUAUGGUUUUUGGCUUCAUCAUAGGGAGAAGGCAUUGUGGAUAUAGCAAAGCUGAUCAGGAGGGAGAUGAAGAACUUUACUUUCAUUUUAAAUUUCCAGGCACCAAAACCUACAUUGACCCUGAAACAUACGAAGAUCCAAAUAGAGCUGUCCAUCAAUUUGCCAAGGAGUUAGAUGCAUCCUGUAUAAAAAUUGAGCGUGUGAUUGGUUCAGGAGAAUUUGGUGAAGUGUGUAGUGGCCGGCUAAAGCUUCCCGGAAAGAGAGAUGUUGCCGUUGCUAUAAAAACCCUAAAAGUUGGCUAUACAGAAAAGCAAAGAAGAGAAUUUUUGUGUGAAGCGAGUAUAAUGGGCCAGUUUGACCAUCCAAAUGUUGUUCAUUUGGAAGGAGUGGUAACACGCGGAAAGCCGGUAAUGAUUGUAAUUGAAUACAUGGAGAAUGGAGCUCUAGAUGCAUUUUUAAGGAAAUCUUUGGAAAUGUUUACUUCAGCUCCCAAAAGUAAACGUACAGGAUCUACUCAGACUAUGCCCUUUGUAAAAGUCCAAACAUUAAAUACCCCUGGAUCAAAUGCCCAGGUAAUUACACAUUCAGCCAUUCAAAGCAGCACAACCAUCCAUAAUAUUCAUAACUCCCAUUUGUUUUAA